ACCAUGUAGAUUGUGUCUAGGUCUAACGUCAUUCGUCAUUGUUAUUAAAUAUUAAAUUCUUCUUGUUCUUAAACUUUAGCAUAGUUUGUGGUGGAUGUGCAUAGAUCAGGUUUUCUUUUAAAUACGUUGGAGUAGAGUAUACGUUUAUUGUACAUUUCAUUAUUUUGAAUUGAAGAAAAAAAGUUCAUUGAUCAAGUUACAAGAUAAAUCAGCCAGCAAUGUCUCUGGUAUCUUAUGACUAUGGAAGCAAUAGUGAAAGUGAGGAUGAAGAUUCCCCAAAUGAAAUUGGAGUCAACCUUUCAACUCCUACUUCCCUUACAAAUGAUGGGAAAACAAUGAACAUUUCUAAUAAUUCAGAUCUUCCAAAAAAUGAACCAGAUUUGAAUGGUAUUGUUAGCAGUAAUACAGACCAUCAAAUAGAUGAACCAGGAUCGAGUAGUAUGCUUGACAAUGGAACUGGCAUAUUUUCAAGUUUGCCACAAGUACAUGCUGUCAAAACCUUCCAGGAAGGGGCGAUUGAGGAUUUUAUUCCAAAAGCUAUCAAUGUAGACAAAGGAAAGAAGAAAGUUAAAAUUACAAUUCCAUCUCUGUCUCAGUUUGCUGACGAAGAAGGUGAGAAACCAGCCAAAAAAAUUAAAUCAAUGAAAGGCAGCAGCCUCCUUUCACUAUUACCUCCUGUAAAAGGAACUGUGAUGACUGCCAAAAGUUUUGUACCAAAUGUUGUAGCAAAUAAAAACAAGAAUGCUACUCCAUCUACUUCUGUUCAAAGCCAUAAUCUUGUACCUGAUGUUAUCAAGAAGAAAGCAAAUCCAAGAAAAACUGCCCGAAUAGAAAAAAUACAGGAAAAUAGAGAAAAAACAGCACUCAGUGAUGUAGAAAGUGAUGAUGAUAUAGAAAUGCCUGAAACGUUUGAUGAUGAACUGUGGGAAAAAGUUUGUGGUAGACCAAAACCUAAACAAAUUGUAAGAGAGCCAGUAGAAGAGUCAUCUAGCCAAGUUAUAGACAUUGCUCCAGAACCUGAGAAACAGUACGAUGGUCUAGACAAUAGGGCAUUCAAAGAAUUGGUUGGUAAAUCUAAAAGGCCAAUUGGAAAUAUCAAACUAAUUGAUAUAAAUGAAGAAGAAAUGUUACUGGACAAAGAUCUUUGGAUGGUUAAGUCACUAACUGACCCAGAAUUAGCUCCUAAGCCAGAAAUUGAUGAACCUGUAGACCCAACAAGAAGAAAGAAACAUCAUAUUACAUAUUUGGUACAACAGGCCAAAGCUAAUGAACAGGAACUACAAAAUGCCUGGAGUGCAAGUAGAAAUAAUAAAAUGGCUACAAGGGCUAAAUAUGGUUUUUAAUUAAAAUAAUAAUUUUCAAAUGUACAAGACCACAGCAAAGCUUUGAAUACUCUUAUGAGUAACACAGCACCCAUGGUUAAAAAAAGACAGGUGAUGCGAUUGAGUUUUGGAGAUUAUAGAGAGAAAAUGGCAGCAGAAGAAAAGAAAAUGUUAAAAAGUGAUUUGAUGAAGCCGGCAGUCAAGCAAGUUAAAUCAACAAUCCCCAGUAAAUCAGUGUUUGUUAAAAAACGUGCAUUGACAUCUAUAAUGAGAAAUACAAUCCAAUCAAACUUUGGAGAUGAAAAAAAUGGUUCUUCAAAUGAGCUGAUAUCAACUUCCAGUGCAACAUGUCCUGAUGGGGAAACUUUUAGAUUUAAUUUUGGAAU